AUGAAGCGUGCCAGAGAUGACGACGACGAUGACGCCACCAGCGGCAGCGCCAUAGGAGACGACGAUAGUCGUAGCUACGACCCUCAUCACGGAGAAGAAGACGAAGAAGAAGAAGAAGAACAGGACCAGCGACGACGGGCAAUAGCAUGCGACGUCCUGCUCUCCCUCUCCCUGUCGUGCUGGCCAUCAUCUUCUUCCAACAGCACCAGCGGCAGUAUCCAGCAGGCCGGUCAUGCUGCCGGCACGGCGGCGCCACCACUUAAUAAGCCCCGUCGUCGCCGGCGGCGGGGUACGGACGAGGAGUUCGAGUGCCUGACGUGCGGGCGGCGGUUCGCGACGUUCCAGGCGCUGGGAGGCCACCGGACAAGCCACCUCAGGCGGCCGGCGAGGACCAAGAAGCAGCCGCGGUCGUCAAAGGCGGUGCUGGUCCACGCGUGCGCGGCGUGUGGGCUGGGCUUCUCCACGGGCCAGGCGCUUGGUGGGCACAUGAGGAGGCACCGCCAGCUGGGCCGGGCUGACAGCGUGGGUUUUCCUUCUGGUGAUGUGGACCUUACGCAGAUCAUCGUGCAUGGAAGGCCCGCUUCCGCUUCCCCCUCCCUGCAGCUUCUCAACCUGUUCGUGUAG